UGGCCUAGCGCGAAAUGUUCAUCCACGGGAUCGCAUUCCAUGCGCUACGUCCGAAAGACGAAAGAUAUCGACCGACCCCCCGAACCAGCCCACUCCAGAACAGAAUCAUGCUCGGAGAUGCACGCAUCUACUUUCGACUCUGCAUCUGAAGUCGCUCGGGCUCAGCACCGGUACUGACCUUUAGAAAUAUUAUUGCGCCACACCUUCACAACAAUCAUUCCAUCGCGUUCCAUUUGUGUAUUCGGGACACUGGUAAACCGACCCUGCUGCAUCCCGAUUUUUCCCUUCGUCUGGGCAUCGAAACGACAGGACAAGCUAAAUAUAUUCGAAGCUCCAAACUCCAUCAUUUGACGAACGAAGGUUGAUACCGACCCACCUUCUACCUCCUUCCGUCACUACCGCCUCUGUCGGCUCCCGCUCACAUUCGACAUCUCCUCGUUUUGUUUGGCUAGCUGCCUGCCUGCCUAUCUGCCUUGCUUCGCUUCUAUCUAUCACCUCGCAACUAGCGUCUCUCGAUCGCAUCUUAUCUUCUAAACCAAAACUCAACAGUCUACUGGUCCAUCGUCAUGUCUACUGCUAUGUAUACCUCGAAUACCCCGGAUGUGGUGGUAGAUAAAAAUAUCUAUGACCUCGUUGGCUUGGGCUUUGGCCCUGCGAAUGUCGCACUCGCUGGUGCUUUGAUCGAGAAGUGGGAGAGCGGUGAGGAUACUCCGAUCCGCGAUGUGCUCUUCCUUGAACAGCAAGAAAAAUUCAGAUGGCACCCUGGAAUGUUGCUUCCCGGCGCUCGUAUGCAGAUUAGCUUCAUGAAAGACCUCGCAACCCUGCGAAACCCCGGCUCGCCCAUAACCUUCCUCUCGUACCUCCAUUCCCAGAACCGCCUCCUCAACUUCAUUAACCGGGGAACGACUAUCCCUUCUCGAAAGGAAUAUGCCGAUUAUCUGGGCUGGGUCGCGAGGUGGACUGAGGAGCGGGGUGUAGGCGUGAAGUAUGGCCAGAGCGUCGUUGGGUUCAGAGAGGCCGGAGAAGGCGAGUGGGCAUUCGAGGUCGAGAGCCGGGAUGCGAAGACGGGAGUUAUCACUGUUCGUCGAGCCAAAAACAUCAUCAUGUCUCCCGGAGGCAAGGCCAAGAUGCCACCCACCCUCUCGCUGCUCACGCACGACUCUCACCCACGCAUCAUCCACUCCUCUGCCUACGUGACCUCCAUCGGCUCCCUUCUCUCCACCCUCACUACUUCCCUGUCCGCUUUCCCUUCACCUUCCUCGUCUUCUGGUCCUGUCGUGUCAACGACGACCCGCCCUCUGCGCGUCGCUGUCGUCGGGUGCGGCCAGAGUGCGACUGAGGUGCUGUUGGAUUUGCAUGCGAGGCUGAGCGAGAUUAAAAUCGUUGGGAGUGAGAAGGGGGUGAGGCACGAGCUUGAGAUGUUGUUUAGGAAGGGGUCAUUGAAGCCGAGCGACGAUUCGCCGUUCGCGAAUGAGAUUUUUGAUCCUGACUCGACGAAUAUGCUGUACAACCUUGGCUCGCACAAGACGCGUGAGUUCGUUACGAGGGAGUACAAGAACACGAAUUACGGAGUCGUCAACCCGAGGACUAUUGACACUCUCUACGAACUCGUCUACGACCAGCAAGUUGACGAGACUAUCGCCGCGAGGGAAGGUACCUCGUCCGAGCUUCGCAUCCCGAAGCUCAGGCUGAGGUCGUAUACGAAUAUAUUGUCCGCUGAAGCUUCGCCUGCGUUCGAUGGGGAGGCACACGACACCCUCACUCUCACCCUUCAACAUCUCCUCGCCAACGACUCUUCUUCCUCCAGCACCUCCGAAAACCCGGCCGCGCACGCAUCCCUCUCCAACUCGACCUACGACCUCGUCGUCUGCGGAACAGGUUACGACCGCACCGGCUGGAUCAAGCUCAUCGCCAACUCGAACGUCGCCUCCCGCUUUGGGCUUAACAAGUCCGUGCGCACUCAGGACGUCAAGGUCUGCUCUGCGGACGAGAUCAAUGUGCAUGACGAAGAGCUCAGGAACAUUCCGGCUGGGUCCACGGAUAGUAGUGCGCCUUCUACGCCGAUCACGCCGCCUCUUCAUUCGCUCGCUGCGUCGACGGAGUUGACCCCGCCUUCGUCGGGGACGAAGUUGUACGUCUCGAGGGCGUACAGGCUCAUGCCCGUCGAAGGAGAAGAGAUGGGUGGGAGGAUUUAUUUGCAGGGGUGCACGGAGGCGACGCAUGGGUUGAGCGAUACGUUGUUGAGCGUUAUGGGCGUCAAGUCGGGCGAGGUGGUCGCGGAUUUGUGUGCUUAG